AUGGCGCCUGAAAAUUCAGAUGAGGCCAUAGGGGAGGCGUCCAGCUGGGGCUCAUCCAGAAUUCCGACGGUUAUCGCGGCGAAUUCAUACGACGCUGAUCAGCAAAGUCGUGGGAAUCAAAUCUCCGAUCUGGAAAAUCUUGGGAGAGCCAGAUCGUCUUCGUUCUCACGUAUUCGCCAAGUCGGCGGGCCGAACAGUAUUGACAACUUUGCGCGCUCGUGGCAAAGAGCUGCUCAGUUUCCCGAGGUUCUCCCCCGUCGCUCGUCAUUCGUAUCGGCGGAUCUGGAUGAUGAUCUCGCCAUCGCAUCAGGUCUAGACAAUGGCUCGCGAAGCUCUCCUCCUUGGGGUCGCCAAUCCGACCAUGAGCGGCCUCUUCUUUCCGAGGACUCGGCGGGGGAGGACUCCGAGCAAGAGGAUCUGAGCGCACCGGGCCGGUCCCGAAAGCGAGCCCCCAGUGCAGGUCUCCUCGCUUCGUCUUUUGAGCGAAGCUACGGUGCAUCCUACGGGACCAUCUCAUCUCGCGUGAGUGAGACCGCUCGCCGCAAUGUGAUUCAAUUCCACCGAGAGCAGCAGCAGGCUCUCGCAGAGGCUUCCGGAGAUCCUGAUCGCGCGCCUUUGAUCGUCAAGCACGUCGAACACGUGGACGGGACUCAUGAAGAUAUCAUCAUUGGACAGUCGACGGUGCCUCAGACGGUCUUCAACUCGGUCAACGUCUUGAUUGGCAUCGGCUUGCUGAGUCUACCACUGGCUAUGAAACAUGCUGGCUGGGUGCUCGGACUGUCCUUCUUGAUCUACUCCGCCGUGAUCACCUCAUACACUGCGCGUAUUCUCGCCAAGUGCUUGGAUGUGGACAAGAGUCUAGUGACUUAUGCGGACUUGGCUUAUAUUAGCUUUGGACAACAAGCCCGCUUGGUGACAAGUAUUCUGUUCUGCCUGGAGUUGCUCGGCGCCUGUGUUGCCCUGGUGGUGCUGUUCGCGGAUAGCUUGCAUGUGUUGAUCCCCGCCCUGGGCCUCCUCGAAUGGAAGAUUGUCUGUGGCCUGGUGCUGAUUCCCUUGAAUUUCCUACCCCUGCGUUUCCUCAGCGUGACCAGUAUACUAGGCAUUGUUUCCUGUACAGCCAUUGUCCUGCUCAUCUGCAUUGAUGGAUUGAUAAAACCAGAUGCACCAGGCUCGCUGCGGCAACCCGCGAAGACGUUCCUCUUCCCAGAGAAUUGGGCAACAUUGCCACUGAGUUUUGGUCUGAUCAUGUCUCCGUGGGGCGGACAUGGUGUAUUCCCGAAUAUCUACCGUGACAUGAGACACCCUAAGAAAUACGGAAAGAGUUUGUGGUCGACCUACAUCUUCACGUUCUCUCUUGAUUGCUCUAUGGCCAUCAUCGGAUGGCUCAUGUUUGGAGACAUUGUCCGGGAUGAGAUUACUGCAAAUGUCCUCACGGUGGACCAGUAUCCACGAUCCAUUUCCUCCGUCGGCAUCAUCAUUUUUAUUGCCAUUAUUCCAUUGACGAAAGUGCCGUUGAACGCACGUCCUCUCGUGGCCACCUUCGAAGUCCUCUGCGGCGUAGGUAUUGGACCAACAGCUAGCGAUCAUGCACAAGGCGAGUCCAUGCGGAGGAUGGGCCGCGCCGCCGUCCGCGUCUUCACCGUGGCGUUGAUUGUCGUGUUGGCCAUCGUAUUCCCGGCGUUUGACCGCAUCAUGGCCUUCCUUGGUUCAUUCCUCUGCUUCACGAUCUGCAUCAUUUUCCCCCUCGCCUUCUAUCUGAAGAUCUUUGGGAAUGAGAUUCCUCGACGCGAGAGAAUUUUGGACUGGUUCCUCCUCCUCUCAUCCAUGAUGCUGGCGGCGAUCGGAACUAUCUGGGCAUUCUUGCCUCGAGACAUGAUUGCAGAGAACUGA